CAUUAUCAUUAUCAUUAUCAUUAUCAUUAUUAUUAUUAUUAUUGUUAAGGCCUAAAGCGUCUUUUGUGAUUCCAUGAACCCUAUUAACUUCAAGGGAAAAGCCAUGGGUACGACGUUGAUGUUCUUUCCAUUUUAUAAAGGUCCAUUGGUCUUUUAUGAACGAAUCAACCGUGACGAGAAGACCCCUGGGAUACAUUACUGUUAACGAGUCAUUUGUUGAGGAAUGCAGUUUUGAAAGUGCAUCAGGCCUUUGUCCGAAAUGGAAUACUGGAGGAAAGUGGAAGUUUUCCAGUCGGAAUAAACUAUCUGGUCACAACGGCUAUUUUGCUUAUGCAGGUGGCUCUCCGUAUACUGUCAAACUUGAAACUCCGUUAAUUUCGGCUGGGGACUCUGUGCGAUUAUGUCUGACCUUUCGCUAUUCAAUGCGAGGUCAAUCCGGUUCCAGUCUCAACGUGAGCCUGAAAUCAGUUCAUGAUGAAAGCGAAGUUCUUAUCUAUAACUUGUUUGGUUAUCAUGGAGACACUUGGUCAAAGGCUCAAGUUUCGUGGACGGAAACAAAGGAUUCAAAGAUCGUGUUCAGAGGCUUUACAAACAGUGUUGAUGAAUUUGCCAUUGGCAUCGAUGACGUGAAAAUUUUUACCAGCAACUGUGAAGUGUACCCUGUGUUCUCUUCUCCAGGUAAGACAUUAUGCUCAAGAAUAUACAAAAAAAUGCACGAUAUCAAAUUGUUGUUCUUGUCGCACUUGUAAGCACACCACAGAUCAAGGACUUUUCAAUUUUCUACACAUCCGGUUAUGCACAGUGCAAAGGUGCAAUUAGGUGCAAGUUUGAAUUUGAUUACGAUGGGGUCAUUUCCAUUCUCACUCUGCGGUAGGAUCUUGUUCAGGACUCACUGGUGGAUUUUACGCCAAUAAUUGUAUUGGUUAAAAGCAUAGAAAGUUUCCAUUUUAAUUUAUCUCGUCCAGCAUUCUCCGAAAUUUGAGAAAAACACCCCACAUUUUUACACUUUAUAGAUUGGAUUUCAUUAUCAAUCUCCAAACAAGAAAGUAGACUAAACUUAAGAGGUCAACAAAGAUAAACUAAAGUCUUGUGUACGAUCAGUAUCACCAUGCUUGGAGUAUAGUUAUUCUCAA